GUGAGAUUCUGAGUGGACUGCGAAGCCAUGUGCGGCUUGAAGAGGAAGCUUGCUACUUCCUGCUACAACUGGAAGAGGAGUGGCAUCGUUUUUCCAUUCUCUGGCAAGGGAUGCAUGAAGAAGAAGCGUCCUGCAAAUCGGACCGUGUUUGUCGGGAACCGGCCUCCGUCCACCGAGGAAGUGUUUAUACCAGAAAAAUACAUUGACAAUCAAGUCAUCUCCUCUAAGUACACGCUAUGGAACUUUCUACCCAAGAACCUGUUCGAGCAGUUCCGGCGGGUGGCCAACUUCUACUUCCUGUGCGUCGGUAUUGUUCAGCUGCUGAUAGACACCCCGGUGACCCCCAUCACAAGCAUCCUACCCCUGGUGUUCGUCAUCUCCGUCACUGCCAUAAAACAGGGCUAUGAAGACUGGCUACGUCACAAGGCUGACCGUGAGGUCAACAACACAUCCGCCAAGGUCCUGCAAGGGUCAAAGAUAGAGGAGAUCAAGUCCAUGCAUAUCAAAGUUGGGGAUAUUGUGAGAGUGGAAGCCAACGAAGACUUCCCAUGUGACCUGGUGAUGCUGUCGUCCAGCGACCCGGAGGGCACCUGCUACAUCACAACUGCCAACCUGGACGGAGAGACCAACUUAAAAACUCACAUGUGCGUGCAAGACACAAGGAAGUGCCAAAAGGAGCAAGACCUCCAUGACCUGGAGGCCAGCAUCGAGUGUCAGCAACCCAUCCCCGACUUGUACAGGUUCAUCGGCAGGAUCAACAUAUUCAAGAGCAGCGGCGAGGGCCACGUCAAACCCCUGGGGCCUGACAAUGUCCUCCUUCGGGGUGCAAGGUUGAAAAAUACCCCCUAUAUCUAUGGCUGUGCAAUAUAUACAGGCCAGGAGACCAAGAUGGCCCUCAACUCCAAGUUCAAACAAGCCAAAUUCUCCAGAGUGGAAAGGGCAAUGAACAUGUUUUUGAUUGUGUUCCUGCUGGUGCUGCUGUUGGAGUGUAUAGUACUGUCUGGCCUCAAGUACUGGUAUACUUCCACAUACCCCCUGCCGUGGUACGUCCCCGCAGGCAAAGACGACCCCACGGCAAUGCAUGUGAUAGAAGAUUUCCUUGCUUUCAUGGUGCUAUUAAACUACAUUGUACCUAUAUCGCUGUAUGUCACUGUGGAAAUCCAGAAGUUUGUGGGGUCCAUGUACUUUGGCUGGGAUGUGUUGAUGUACGACGAAACUACAAACGAGCCAGCUAAGGCUAACACCUCUGAUCUGAACGAAGAAUUAGGCCAGGUGGAGUUCUUGUUCACAGACAAGACCGGCACACUCACGGAGAACUACAUGCAGUUUCGGCAAUGUUCUAUUGACAGUGUCCAGUAUGAAGAGGUCGGAGGUCAGCUUUAUUGCCGGAGUCGAGACGGACAACCACAAGUCAUCCAUAGUCUUUCAAGGGAGGUGGAGGAGUUCUUCACGGUGCUGGCCUUGUGUCACACAGUGCGUGUUGAGCGCAAGGCGGGGACGGAGGAGGAGGUGGAGGCUGGGGCCGCGUCUAGCAUGUACAGCGACACGGGGGAUGAGUAUCUGUACCAGGCGUCGUCCCCCGAUGAGAAGGCUUUUGUAGAGGCCUGCAGCAGACAUGGUAUUAUCUAUCACGGUAUCCAUGACGAUUGCAUGGAAAUCACGUUAAACAAAGAAAUGAGGCGUUACCGGGUUUUACACGUUUUAGAUUUCGAUCCAACCCGCAAGAGAAUGAGUGUCAUCGUGCAGAGUGAACAAGAUGAAAUAGUAUUACUGUGCAAGGGUGCGGAGUCGGCCAUUUUGGAUCGGGUGAAGACUGGCGAGAAGGAUGUUGCUCAGAAGCAUGUGAAUGAAUACGCCGUGCUUGGUUUGCGAACCCUGGCAGUGGUUAAGCGAGACCUUUCUAAGGAGGAAUACAAAGUCUUUGAAGAGAAACUCCAUGAAGCUAAAACAGCUCUUCAAAACAGAGAAGAGAAACUGGCCGUGGUGUACGAUAUGAUCGAGCAGGACUUCCAGCUGCUUGGUGCCACGGCGGUGGAGGACAAGCUUCAGGAGGACGUCCCCCGGACCAUCCAGUCUCUCCGCAGGGCAGGCAUUAAGGUGUGGGUAUUGACGGGGGACAAGCAGGAAACAGCUGUCAACAUCAGCCACUCUGCGGGUCACUUCCAGGCUCAGAUGAACGAGCUGGAGCUCACCAAGAUGAUGAAGAGUGACGACUGCAGGGACAAGAUACAACAUUACCGGAGACAGAUAGAGAGAUUCCCGGAGCAGCAGUACGCACUGAUCAUCGACGGGCAGAGUCUGUCCGUGAUGAUGGCAGAGCACGAGGAGAUCCUGAUGGAGCUGAGUCUGCACUGUGUGGCCGUACUGUGCUGUCGGAUGUCUCCCAUACAGAAGGCACAGGUUGUGCGCAUGAUCAAGCUCUCCCCAACCAAGCCUGUGACAGCAGCUAUCGGUGACGGAGCCAAUGAUGUCAGCAUGAUUCAAGAAGCUGAUGUUGGCAUUGGAAUCAUGGGAAAGGAAGGGAGACAAGCUGUGCGGAGUUCUGACUAUGCCUUUGCCAAAUUCAAGUUCCUGAUGCGAGCAUUCCUUCUUCACGGUCAUUACUUCUACAUUCGUAUCGCCACCCUUGUACAGUACUUCUUUUAUAAAAAUGUAGCCUUCAUCACAUGCCAGCUGUAUUAUACAUUCUACUCGGCCUUCUCAGAGCAGCCGGUGUACGAGGCCCUGUACCUCCUGUUGUAUAACAUCACCUUCACAUCUCUACCUAUUCUCAUAUACGGCCUGUUCGAGAAGCACCUCUCCCAAGACACAUUGCUCAAUAGGCCAGAGCUGUACAGAAGAAUUACAAGAAAUAGAAAGUUGUCUUGGAAACGCUUUCUGUUGUGGAAUUGUUUAGGCCUCUGGCAUAGUGUUGUACUCUUCUUCGGUACCUAUCUUCUGUUCAACAACGAUGUCUCGCUGUGGCCUUCAGGAAAGAGUAUGGGUAUAUGGAGCUACGGGACGGUCUUGGUGCUGUGCUGCGUAUUUGUUGUCAAUAUCAAGCUGGGCCUGGAGACGUACUGCUGGUCAGUACCCAUCUUGCUGUCUUUCGGAGUCACCUUCGCUGGAUUCUUCCUCGUAAUCAUCGUCUACAACUUCGUGUUUUGGCCAUCGUGGGCCAUGGACCACCCGUACCUGCUCCAGGUGUUCACGACGCUGUUGUCGUGUGGCACGGCGUGGCUGGCCAUCCUACUGCUGUGUGUGACGGCCCUCCUGCCCGACAUCUGUCUCAGGGUGUGGCACGACACAAUGAAAGUGCAGCCGGCGGAAAUGACGGAGGAGGAAGAAGAGAGUGACAAAAUGUCCAUUUCUUUUACAAAGCGCUCUGGCAAAUUGACAAUAUCUCAAACAAAUCUUAUAGAGGACUAGGUAAACGUUAUCUCUCUCCUGGUGAACUGUUUCCUUUGUGUCAGCUUGUGUCCUCCUAUUCUCACCUGCCAGACACAGACUCACUGCUGGCCCACUGACUACUCUUGAACAGGCCUUCUCUCCAUCAGCAUUGUAGGGAAUUAAUAGGGGCCUUGUGUCCUGGCGUCUCCGUGGAUUAAUCGAAGCACCCCUAAAAUCCCUAUCCAUAACAUAAGGGACCCUCACUGAUUAAGUCCUUGAGUUCCUACACAUAUCUGUGUAGAGACUUGCACACAUAUCUGUGUAGAGAUACGAAUACAAGCAUGUGUGUGUGCGUGUGCGUGUGCGUGUGCGUGUGCGUGCGUGCGUGUGCGUGCGUGCGCGCGAGUGCGUGCGUGCGUGCGUGUGUGUGUGUGUGACUUGCACUCGCACAAGCCUGUCGAAUACAAAUGUGUGCGUGUGUGUGUGUGUGUGACUUGCACUAGCACUAACCUGUCGAAUACGCGUGCGUGCGUGCGUCCGUGCGUGCGUGCGUGCGUGCGUAUGUGUUGCCUACUCCAUUGGGAAUGAACCAAAUAUUCAGAGAUGAGACACUAUGGUAAUUAGAGCCCCUGGGACACUGCAGUCAGUAAUUUUUACAUGAUAGACACCUGUGUGAAAUUGGGAGAUAAGUUAUUUGGCAGCCCAUGCCUGAUCAGCAGAGACAAGGCCUUCUUUAGACUGAGUCUGGAGGUACAGUUGGUGGCUGUGUCUGGCACUUCUCUACUUCCUUUCACUGCAUGUCUAUGAUAUAUAGCAUAGAGAAUAGCCUAGACAUAGAGAAUAGCUCACCCAUAGAGAAUAGCUCACCCAUAGAGAAUAGGUGCAAGAUUUGUGUUGGUCUCAGGUGCAGACCAGCUUGUUCAGUAUUCUUAGCCUGGAUAUGUUAGUACACUACCGGUAAUAUAACUUGACCUAUGUUUAUGUCUUCCUUGUAAAUAUAAAAAGGUACACCUUAAGAUAUUUUCUCAUCCAGGUAACUCCUAGCUUUCACAGUGAAGGGUAAAUAUCAUUUUAGUGACAAUAAGGUAGACUGACAAGUGUGUCUAGAAUAAUCAAAGUUCAUAUUUUCCGAAUUCCAUCUUUGCAACUCCUAUGAGUUUCUGAGAAGUCCUGUAGUGUGAUCUGUGUCAUCCUUCCUGUAAUCUCCUGUGUUCCUGUUGCCUGUUUAUUGUAUUUAUUCAUGAUUUUUUAAAUAAUGAUAUUUUUUUCCAUAUUUUUAAUUCAUAAUUCAUAAUUCAUAAUCUUACACUUUGUCAAUACACAAACAACUGAACAACUGAAUUCAUAUGUUAUUUUGGAAAUAAUUAUAUAUUAAUUCAGUAUUUGAAAAGUCUUUCCUUAGUUUGGAGCUGUUGAGACUGUUAUCGAUUAACCAUUUUAUUAGCUUUGCCAAUACGUUGUAUGAUUUGUAUCUGUAAAGACAGAUAUGUGUCACAGUUUCUUAGUAAGGUUGUAAGCAACGUUUGAGUGAUACCAUCAGUUGAUGCCUCACCAUUCACAGAUGAAUCCCCCCCUCUCCCCGAUGUUUUUACUGCCCUUCGUCUCUUACAGUAUUUGUUCUUGUCUCUGCUGCUGUUUCUGUCUUCAUCUUCUGUCAUAGACUUGCCAAGCCAUGUUCUCAAAAGAAUGACUUCAAUUCAGUUCAAUUUAUUUUUGAAUUAGGGGAGAUUUCUAAUCUAUCAGUUUAAUCUUUUAUGAAUACCUCUCCAGCUUGAUAACAGUGUUAGAAUCUAUAUCGAAAUGUCACUAAAUGCAAUAAACCAGAACUUGUCCAUAAAUUUGUAUGUUUUCUUGUAUGAAUAUCUCAUAUUCAAAUAUAUUACAUGUAACAUAAUAAAAAAAAAUUUAAGAGGUUUAAGAUGAUUAUCCCCAAAUGAUCAGUGUACCUCAGUAUCUCAUGGUUCAAUUGGCAAGUCUCUCCUGUGCUGUUGUAACGACUGUCGCCUUCUCUAGAUGUUAGUCGUGUGUGUCUGUACAUAGCGGGUCCCAGGGACAUACCUUCUGUUUCUAGUUUCCUGUAGAUACAAAACUGCAUUUUAUAUGUUGAUUCCAAUAUGAUACCACUCUGUAUGAAUGUCUGGGACACCUCAAUAUAGGGUAUAAAUUCUUGGUAUAAGUGAGUGAAGCAUUCAGUCUUUCAAAAACAAACAUAUAUUUUAGUUCCAUUUGCACAGUAUCAAAGCACUCUUUUAUAUUAUGCCAAUUACAUCAUACUGGGAGUACUAUUGAGAGUAUAUUUGUGUUCUGUGUGGGUUUUCUUUCCGCCUUCUGUGGAGUGUCCUCAGAUCAUCAUAAUGGAGUAAACGAUCUGAUUUUUAAUAAGAUUAAAAAUAUCAACUGUCUUAUCAACCAGGGCAGUGUUCCACAAACCAGUCUUAGCACAAAGACAGUCAGAACUCCCAUACAGAUUGUAGUAGUUCCCACACACCAAAUUAUUACAGUCAUAGCUAAGAGUGAGUGAGUGAGUUGGGUUUAACGCCCCUUUUAACAGUAUUCCAGUUAUAUCGCAGCGUGUCGGCUUAAUGUGGAGGAAAGCCCGAAGUGAUGCAGGUCUCGGAUGUUUACCACUUCAUUGAAACCCACAAGCACGGGUAUGGUGCUGACAAAGCUAGAAACAUAAUCGGGGCGAACCUGGUCGUAGCUAAGAGUAUCGUAACACAGAUUUACAAUAGUCAUAACUAGGAGUAUCGUUAAACAAAUUUACAAUACUUGGAGCACUUGGGCAUUGUAAAACACAGAUUUAUGAUAGUCGUAGCUAAGUGUAUCGUAACACAAAUUUACAAUACUUGGAGCACUUGGGCAUUGUAAAACACAGAUUUAUGAUAGUCGUAGCUAAGUGUAUCGUAACACAAAUUUACAAUACUUGGAGCACUUGGGCAUUGUAAAACACAGAUUUAUGAUAGUCGUAGCUAAGUGUAUCGUAACACAAAUUUACAAUACUUGGAGCACUUGGGCAUUGUAAAACACAGAUUUAUGAUAGUCGUAGCUGAGUGUAUCGUAACACAAAUUUACAAUACUUGGAGCACUUGGGCAUUGUAAAACACAGAUUUAUGAUAGUCGUAGCUGAGUGUAUCGUAACACAAAUUUACAAUGGUCAUAGCACUAAGAGUAUCGUAACAGAUGUACAACAGUCGUAGUUCUCAGAUUGCUUUGUGAAACAGUGCCCUGUCUGUGGUUGCCUACUGGAGCUGUAGACUUCAGAGUCAACACUGGUUGAUAGGUCAUUCAUUUAUAUCUUCUUUGUUGGGAAUAUCCAUUUUUAUGCAGAAAAUGAAAAGAAAGAAAAUAGUCUGAAAAUUAUCGUUUAUCUUUCCCACAUUUCCCAUAUUUCAAAAGUCUUUUUGUACAUUCAAGAGGAGUUAUCUUUCCUUUCAAUUCCUGCACUAUAUCGCCUAACAAAGUGGUCCAACAACGUUGCACAUAUUGCACAAGGGAUGACGGCUGGGAUUCAUGAAGGUUGCACACAAUAUUGUGGGUUGUUGGUUUGUUGUUUUACGCCGCACUCAGCAAUAUUCCAGCUAUAUGACGAUGGUCUGUAAAUAAUCGAGUCUGGACCAGACAAUCAAGUGAUUGAUAUCAUGAGCAUCAAUCAACGCAAUUGGGAUCGAUGACAUGAUUCAAUCAAGUCCUGAUAACACAGGUCACAUGCUAAAUAUUUUCCCAUGUCUGAUACUUGAUUAAGCAAGGGGUUUUGUGAAAAUCAGGGUGUUUGCAUGCUCAGAUGGAAUGAUACAAUCAACACUGCUAGUAGAAGUGAUUUCUUGUGGCUAGGUGAAGGUUUUUUUUCUGAUUUAUUGUUAUUUUUUCUUUAAAUUAAUUUUGUGGUCCAUAGAUGCUACAAAAUGUGAUUUUUGUAUCUUGACAUGUUGAAUAUGUUUACACAUUUAAAUUCAACAGAAAUAUUGUUUUGAAUAUCAUCAAUUGAACAAUAGAAAUAAUACUUUCAAUAUUAUCAAUUUCAAAACAGAAAUAUUGAUUUAAAUAUAUUAUCAAUUACAAGAAUUUUCACAGUGUCUGCUGAAGUUGCAAAGGUCAAGAAAGAAGCUUACCUGUGCUUAACCUUUUUCUUUGUGUAUAUGUAGUACUGUAGUCUUUCAUUUGGCAACAAAGAAAAUUAAUCAGGCCUUUUACUGGUCUGCAUCUGACUCUGUCAGUGGGAUGUGAAAUGUGUCACUCUGGGGAUGCCUAUUUUUAACUACCGUAUUUGACGCAAUAAGCGCCCAGGGCGCUCCCAAAAUUAGAAAUAGGAGGCUCUUAUUAGAAUAUUAUUUUGGUGAAAAAAAGUUCAAAGAUCGUAAAUUUCAUGGUUUAUACUGUCAGCCUAAAAUGUAUAUAGACGACAGAUAUAUUUUUCCAGAAUUUAAUUGCCCCUUCAUUAAGGGUGCAUAUAACACACAAGUGCGUAUUAUACACGAAUAAAUAAGUCAUGUGAACAUCGAUCAGUCGGAAGGGGUGCUAAUUGGGAUUGUUCACUAGCCAAUAUAUUAGCAAAUAUCGCUGUUGGCGCUUAUUAGAGCGGGGCGCUUAUCACGUCGAAUACGGUAAGAGAUGUGAGCAUGAGAGAGCAAUUUCAUGCAUUCUGUAUGUUAUUGAAACCCUUUAUCGCAGAUAACAAAUGACUGUGAAAUAUAGAUUAAGAGAUAAAUGUAAUUAUUCAAAACCUUGUUCAAUGUAUGAAAUGAUGGAAUGAUUAUUCAUGUUGGGAUCGCUCACAUGCUUGCAUGUGUAUUGCGAGUUUGUAUAAAUGCAGCUGAGAGAGUUGAUUUAGCCUCACUUUGAAAGUAUUUCAGUUAUAUCACACGUCAAUACAUGUGGCAGAUAAACAAUAAAUUGAUGAAGUUCUUAGACCUUUUCCUCUUUGGUGAUCCCUCAGUGGGACUUGGAGCUGACAAACCAAGAAUCAUAAUCUAGUGAAUGUUGGAUUCGAACCCAGAUCAGCGGAUCCUAGCAGGGCUGGGGACACAACACUGCAUGGUGAAUUGCAGCACCUUGAGUUAAUGUGUGCUUGCUUCAGGUUCAGUGUCUGUGAGGAUUUGAACCCGGAUCAGCAGAUCCUAGCAGGGCUGGGGACACAACACUGCAUGGUGAAUUGCAGCACCUUGAGUUAAUGUGUGCUUGCUUCAGUUUCAGUGUCUGUGAGGGCUUGAGCAUGUUCUUCAGGGUUAGAAACUAACAGUGUUUUGUCCACUAGUCCUUAUAAUGUUAACAUAUAGCAAAACCCUUAAAAUGGGCCAAUUUCUACUUGUCCAUAUGAUGCCUUCACUAUUGGGCAGUUUGGUAAGGACUACAGGACUAGUGCCAAUUUCUAAUGCUGUUCUUAUGUCUGUAUAGGAUGUGUGUGAAUGUGAUGAACAGAUGCCAAGAGUAUAAUUCUCAGAUCCCAUUUAUUUGGACACUUCCAAACACUUGACAAUACCCCGUGCUCGUCAACUUAUCAUAUACUUCUUCUGUUCCAGGUAUCCAAAAUGAGUACUGGAAAGGUAAAGCCAGUCUGUCAAUCAAAUGGCGUGGUGACUGUCACAUCAUUCCUCUCUUCAUCAAAGAAGGAGGUUCUGGAAAUGCAGUCUCUGGACCACCUUGAUUCUGUCAGCGUGUA